AACCCUGCGCUCGCUUCCUACCAUCGAGAUAAGGGCAAAUCGCGUCUACACUAUUGGGCGGAUCAUGCGUUGCUUUUGGGGAGCUAGACUCUGUAGCGCCUAGAUCGCCGUAGGUAUGCCGCGGUCUACGAUGGUCUCCAUGCCUACUGCGGGCAGAUUAUGGUCGUUGCGGUCCCCACCCCGCGGCAUUGUCUGGUCCUUUCCUCUCAUGCGUCUAUGAACUUUGAGUGUGUGUUUUCUCUACAUCGUUUUCUUCUUCUUCUUGUGCGUACUUGAUUUCCCCAAAGAAUGGCCCCCGGACUGGUCUCGCCGCAGCCCGCGGUGUCCAACGAUGCGGUGCGCUCGCUCGAGGAGGUUACUGCGAGCUACGACGACACGCUGCGGUUCUACCUCAACGGCACAAAGGUCGUACUGGACACGGCGGACCCGGAGGUCACGCUGCUGGAGUACCUGCGCGGCAUUGGGCUGACGGGGACGAAGCUGGGCUGUGCUGAGGGCGGGUGUGGUGCUUGCACGGUGGUGGUCUCACAGUACAACCCCACGACGAAGAAGAUCUACCACGCCUCCGUGAACGCGUGCCUCGCGCCGCUCGUCAGUGUAGACGGCAAACAUGUAAUCACCGUAGAAGGCAUUGGGAAUGUCAAGCGGCCACAUCCCGCGCAAGAAAGGAUAGCAAAGGGGAAUGGCAGUCAGUGCGGCUUCUGCACCCCAGGAAUCGUAAUGAGCCUGUACGCUCUCCUCCGCAACAACGAGGCGCCCUCCGAGCACGAGGUCGAGGAAGCCUUCGACGGCAACUUGUGUCGCUGCACAGGGUACAGACCCAUACUUGAUGCCGCACAGAGCUUCAGCAUCAAGACUGGGUGUGGAAAGGCGAAAGCCAACGGCGGGGGUGGAUGCUGCAUGGAGAAGAACGGUGGCGGGGGCGGAGGGUGCUGCAAGAGCGGCGGAGACGACGACGCACAACCGAUCAAGAGAUUCACGCCCCCAGGAUUCAUAGAGUACAAGCCCGACACGGAACUCAUCUUCCCCCCGCAACUGCGGAAGCACGAGUACAAGGCGUUGGCGUUCGGGAAUAAGAGAAAGAAGUGGUAUAGGCCGGUCACGGUGGAGCAGCUGCUAGAGAUCAAGAGCGCGUACCCUUCUGCCAAGAUCAUAGGAGGGAGCACCGAAACGCAGAUCGAAGUCAAGUUCAAGGCACAGAACUACAGCGCGUCUGUCUUCGUCGGGGACAUUGCCGAGCUCCGACAAUUCUCUUUCCACGAUGACUAUCUCGAGAUUGGCGGGAAUGUGGUUCUUACGGAUCUGGAGGAUAUCUGCAGAAAAGCGCUUGAGCAUUACGGCGAAGCAAAGGGCCAGACUUUUGCGGCGAUAUUGAAGCAAAUUCGGUACUUUGCUGGACGUCAGAUUAGGAACGUGGGAACGCCGGCGGGAAACCUGGCAACGGCGAGUCCAAUCUCUGAUCUGAACCCUGUGUUUGUGGCGAGCAAUGCAACACUGGUUGCCAAGACUUUGAAGGAGACGACGGAGAUCCCGAUGUCUACGUUUUUCAAGGGUUACCGGUUGACAGCGCUACCUCCGGAUGGCAUCAUCGCGAGCUUGAAGAUUCCGGUCGCUAAGGAGAAGGGCGAGUUCAUGCGCGCAUAUAAGCAGGCCAAGAGGAAGGACGACGACAUUGCUAUUGUGAAUGCUGCACUGCGGUUAUCAUUGAGCGAGGAUGAGGUCGUGGAGAGCGUGGAUUUGGUGUACGGCGGCAUGGCGCCCACCACCAUCCCCGCGAAGAAAGCAAUGGAAUUCCUCCAGGGGAAGAAGUUCACAGAUUUGGCGACGCUGGAAGGCGUCAUGGGUGCUCUUGAGGAGGACUUCGACCUGCGCUUCGGUGUCCCUGGCGGUAUGGCCACGUACAGAAAGACCCUUGCGCUAGGCUUUUUCUACAAGUUCUACCACGAAGUCCUGGCUGAGCUCCACACGGAAGCUACCGAAGUCGACACUCAAGCCGUUGGCGAGAUCGAGCGCGAUAUCAGCUCCGGAGAGAAAGACCACAAGGCCGCUGAAGCGUAUGAGCAGAAGAUUCUGGGCACGGAGAAACCACACGUGGCCGCGAUGAAGCAGUGCACGGGCGAGGCUCAAUAUACCGACGACAUUCCCGUCCAGAAGAACGAGCUGUAUGGCUGUCUCGUCCUCUCGACCAGGGCGCACGCCAAGCUCCUCAACGUCAACCCGGAAGCCGCGCUUGAUCUCCCCGGCGUGGCUGCCUGGGUGGACCACACUGACGUCGCUACACCGGAGGCGAAUUGGUGGGGUGCACCAGUGUGCGAUGAAACGUUCUUCGCCAUCGACGAGGUCUUCACCGCCGGCCAGCCCAUCGGUAUGAUUCUCGCCGACACGGCGAAGCAUGCGGAACAGGCUGCUCGCGCUGUGAAGAUCGAGUAUGAAGAUCUUCCGGCGAUCUUCACGAUCGAGGAGGCGAUUGAGAAAGAAAGCUUCUUCAAUCAUUUCCGGCACAUUCAGAAGGGAGAUACCGAAAAAGCUUUUGCGGAGGCGGACCACGUCUUCACAGGUGUUGCGCGCAUGGGUGGACAAGAGCAUUUUUACCUGGAAACGAAUGCCUGCGUUGCCGUGCCCAAGCCUGAAGAUGGCGAGAUGGAGAUCUUCAGCAGCACGCAGAACCCUGCUGAGACUCAGGCCUAUGUUGCGAAAGUGUGCGGAGUCGAGGCCAAUAAGAUCGUCACUCGUGUCAAGCGCAUGGGUGGUGGCUUUGGUGGCAAGGAGACUCGGUCAGUCCAGCUUGCAGGUAUUGUCGCAUGCGCUGCCAACAAGACACGGAGACCAGUUCGAUGCAUGCUGAACCGUGAUGAGGACAUUCUGACGUCGGGACAACGCCACCCUUUCCUCGGACGAUGGAAGGUCGCUGUCAACAAAGACGGCAAGAUUCAAGCGCUUGAUGCCGACGUCUUCUGCAACGGUGGCUGGAGUCAGGACUUGUCCGGAGCGGUCGUCGAGCGAUCCCUAUCACACAUCGACAAUUGCUACUCAAUUCCUAACAUACAUGUGCGCGGACGUGUAGCCAAGACGAACACAGUUUCCAACACCGCCUUCCGAGGUUUUGGUGGACCCCAGGGCAUGUUCAUCGCAGAAUCAUACAUGGAAGAAAUCGCCGACCAGCUCAAAAUCCCCGUCGAGAAGCUGCGAGAGAUCAACUUUUACUCCCCAGAAACCAACAUGGUCACGCACUUCAACCAGGAAAUCAAGGACUGGUACGUCCCGCUCAUGUACAAACAAGUCCAAGAAUCCAUGGACUACGCCAACCGCCGCACCGCCAUCGAAGAAUACAACAAAACGCACAAGUGGAACAAGCGCGGCCUCGCCCUCAUCCCCACCAAAUUUGGCAUCUCCUUCACCGCCCUCUUCCUCAACCAAGCCGGCGCCCUCGUGCACAUCUACCACGACGGCUCCAUUCUCGUCGCGCACGGCGGCACAGAAAUGGGGCAGGGCCUACACACCAAGAUGACCAUGAUCGCCGCCGAAGCCCUCGGCGUGCCCCUCUCCUCCGUCUUCAUCUCCGAAACCGCUACAAACACCGUCGCAAACUCCUCCUCCACCGCGGCCUCGGCCUCCUCCGACCUCAAUGGCUACGCCAUCUACAAUGCGUGCCAGCAGCUCAACGAGCGCCUCGCCCCCAUCCGCGCGCGCCUCGGCCCGGACGCUUCCAUGAAGCAAGUCGCGCACGCCGCCUACUUCGACCGCAUCAACCUCUCCGCCCAGGGCUUCUACAAGACGCCCGACAUUGGGUACGUCUGGGGCGAGAACACGGGCCAGAUGUUCUUCUACUUCACGCAGGGCGUUGCCGCCGCCGAGGUUGAGAUCGACACGCUGACCGGCGACUGGACGUGUCGACGGGCCGACAUCAAGAUGGAUGUCGGGCGCUCGAUCAAUCCUGCGAUUGACUACGGACAGAUCGAGGGCGCAUUUGUGCAGGGGCAGGGACUGUUCACGACGGAGGAGAGUCUGUGGAUGCGGAGUACCGGGGGGAUCUUUACCAAGGGACCCGGAGCGUAUAAGAUUCCUGGAUUCAGGGAUAUUCCGCAGGUGUUCAAUGUUAGUUUGUUGAAGGAUGUCAACUGGGAGAAUCUGAGGACAAUCCAGAGGAGUAGGGGUGUUGGCGAACCCCCCCUCUUCAUGGGCAGCGCGGUCUUCUUCGCCAUCCGCGAUGCACUCAAGGCUGCGCGCGCACAGUUCGGCGAGACGAGCCUGCUCAGCUUGCAGAGCCCGGCGACGCCUGAACGCAUACGGAUUUCCUGCGCAGAUCCCAUCCUCAAGCGGGCGUGGGUCGAGCCGAAGGAAGGCGAGAAGAGUUUCUUUGUUAGUAUCUAGGGCUGGAAUUCAGAAGGGGGAGUGUAUGAUUAUUGGCUUAGAUUGGCUGGGGUAUAUGACAUUUAUGAAGAAUUGAAUUGGAUUGAAAUGAAGCUGAGGAGCUGCAGUGGCCCAUAUUGUUAUCGUGAAUCGCUGGAAAGGAAAACCGCGCCUGAGCUCUG